CUGCCCAAAAAUCCUCCGCACUUCUCCCCAUCUAUCUCAACAGCACGAGUCGUGCUGAACACUAGUCGUGGGUUUCUCUUCCCCAACACCUCUGCCGGCUGGCGGCGGCAGGCGAUUCUCCGCCAUCUCUCCAAUUGCAGAUAUGACACGAAGUAAACUUCAUGUUGUUGAAUGCAAUGAUGAAUACAUGGCGGAGGAACAUAUUGAACAUGAGAAUGCCAUGUGUAAAGAUGCGGAUUCAUCUCAUGUUCAACCAUCAUCUUGUAAUGGCGAAGAAGGCUUGACUGAUAGUGAAGAUGAAGAGGACCAGGAUGACAGUGCUGCUAAUGAACAAGGUAAUUACCUUUUGAUACUCUGCUAGAUAUUCUGAAAAAUUAGAAUCAACAAUUGCACUGCCAUCUUCUACAGAACAGAACAGAACAGAAUGGUAACUUUUUAGUUUUGAUGGUGUGUAGUGUGGCUGUAAGGACCAUGAUCAUCAGAACAACUAAAACUAAACCAUGUACUAUAUGGAAUAAAAGCAUUGCACUUCCCACUAUUUACAUGGCUAGCUACACUAACUAUUGGGCAAAAGGCUUCAGCAAGCAAUAGUACACUGCAUCGUGUCUUUGCACUGUCGUAAGAUUCACUUCUUUUAUAUUAGUGCUGAUUUUUCCAUUGUGUUAUCAAUUUAAUGCUCUGUAAACUAGUGAAUAACACUAUCAGUUGUUCCUCAAGACUACAUACCAAAAGAUUGUUCACACAGUUGUUUAUGUGUGAUUAACUACAAGUGUUUUGGUAAUCUAUCCAUGAUCAUAUGAAAAUGGAGAAACAACCAAGCGUGGCAGGACAAGGCUAAAAGAAAUAUGGAAUCUUCCAAAAGGGCAGAGAAUUGUGGUCCAGUGCAAUGAACUAAACCAGCCAAUUGGAAAAGAAGCUGGACGUCUUGCGAAUUUUCUUGGCACGGUUGCUAGGAAUGGAAAAAUGUGUAGUUUGAGCUACAAGGACUGGAGAAAACUAAUAGGAGAGAGAAAAAAAAGACCAAUGAACAAAGAAACAAAAGGGAUAUACUAGCGCAAGUAAAGAUGAGGUUUCUUUACCCUUCUCGCUUGGAAAAGUAUAUAUUAAAAAAAAUUGGAGAUAGAUGGAGGGAACAUAAGUCAGAUCUGAAAGCAUUGUAUUUUGAUGCAAACAAGAACAUGGAAGCGAAUAACACCAAUGUUCCAAAGGGUGUGAUUAAGGAUCAGUGGAUUACUCUGGUCAGUAAUUGGAUGACCCCAAAGGCACAGGGGAUAAGUGAGACAAAUAGGAACAAUUGUGCGAUGAGGAAGUCGAAACACACAGCUGGAACUAAGAGUUUUCCACGAGUUAGAGAAGAGCUGAGACUAAAGGAUCCGGAAAAGAAGUACCCACACAGGGCUGUCUUAUACAUGCAUACACAUAAGCACAAAAGCGAUAAGAAAAUGAAUGAACAAGUGGUUGAUUUGAAGAAACGUAUAGCGGCGAAUCCAAAUUUAGUAGAUACUAGUAGAGGAAAGACAACAUGGAAAGGAGAUGUUUUGAAUGCAGUACUUGGCCCAGACAAGCCUGGACAUGUACAUGGCCUCGGACUAGUUCCGAAUCCAAAUCAAGUCUUUGAUGUGUCAACUUCACGCCACUUUCAGAAUAUACACCUUAGUUCAUUGGAGGAUACACCGAAUGAAGAUCUUUUGGCUGUCAGACUUAAGAUGGAGAAGUUGGAGAAAAGAGUGGAAAACCAAGAUGCCGAAAUUCUGGAACUAAAAGGGAAGACAAAAAACUCUGAAGGACAGUUACAGGGUUCUUUGGAUCAGAUAUCUAAAUCUCGAGAUGUUCCUUCCAUUGCUAAGACAAGUUCAAAGAGAAAAAGAAUUUAUGGCGACGGUCAUAGUCAACAACUUGGUACUGUUGGGCAGCAGAAUAAUGUGAAGAGCAAGGGAACAUUUCUCGAUGACAGGGAGAUGCAACCAUCAUACAAACGUCCUGCUGUGGAUAAGAACAAUGAGUCUUUCAUCCACGGUGAAAAUGUGCAACAAGAGAAGGAAAACACUAGUGCAGAUAAGGGUUCUUUGGGUGAGGAGUCUACAUCUCAAGAUGCUCUUUGUGUUGGCAAGACAAAUUCAAAACAAAAAAGAGUAUAUAGCGAUAGUCGUAGUCAACAACUUGGCACCGUUGGGCGGCAAAAUAAUGUGAUGAGCAAGCAAAACUCUCUCUAUGACGUGGAGAUGCAACCAUCAAACAAACGUCCUUCUAAGGAUAAGAACAAAGAUACUUCUAUCCAUGAUGAACAUGUGCAACAAGAGAAAGAAAACACUAGUGCAGAUAAGCUUCGUUGCCAGAACACUAGUAAGAUCUCAAGAGGAGCUAAUGCAACAAAGCAUGCCAAUAAACAACAAUGCAAUACAACAAAUUGCCUGGGUGCCGACUCGAUAGAUGUUGGCACUGUAGUAUUUCUGAAGAGCUUGGGAAAUCCAAACAGGAAUGUUGCUCUUGGUACGCUCCAAAGCAUUGAACCAGAAUAUAAAGUUGAGGGUGUUCAUCUUGGUAACCAAUUUUGGGCAGUGCGAGUUGAUGCUACAUUAGCAAAAUCUGAUCAGUUGAUACGGCCACUAAAAAAGGUCAACAUUAUUGGUCAUGCAGCAGGAUUAAUUAUCGCAUGGCCUUCAACCUUUAUCGCUAAGAUAAAUUGAUGAUGUAUGGCCCAGAUGUUGAUUGCAAGGUGGACAAUGGGGCUGCUAUUUGUUAGUCUUGUGUAGUGUUUUAGGAUGUCAUUUCUAGUGUCAAUGUUUCAAACAUUAUGUUUUAGAGUGGUUGCGGCGUUGAUUCAAACAUCCAGACUUAGGCUACUAUGUAGUAUCACUUAUUGUAACCUUGGGAUCAUGUUAUUUGUAAUGCAACAAAGUCAAUUUAAUAUAUGAGACCUUUAUGUUUAUUA